CCCUUUCCAAUUCUCCCACUGCUCGAUAGUCAGGUGCGCGUAUCCGCAGCCAUCGCGCUUGCCUCCAAAAUGGGCUCAAACACACCCACCUCCCCUCUACCUCCCACAAAGGUCCUCCAGCUUCGCGUAGGCCGAGUCAUCAGAAAUCAAUUUAACAUCCCUAAUCUUAAUUCCGCAAUCUUCAAAGCGCUCCCACUCACGGCGGGCCAGAAAAGGCAUUCAUGCACUAUGCCUCCGCUCACUACACCCACUGGAAGCGCGAACUCCCCGAGUCCGAGAAAUUGUUGCGCUAUGGAGGAUUCGGCGAGAAUCUCCUAACGAGCCCCGAUGAUGGGUAUAACGAGCACACAGUAUGCGUGGGCGAUAUCUUUGAGAUCGGGGAGAAUGGAGUCAAGAUUCAGGUCACGCAGCCGAGACAGCCUUGCUUGAAGCUAAAUCAUCGCUUUGAGGUGAGAGAUAUGGCGCUCAGGGCGCAGAAUAAUAACAUGACGGGGUGGCAUCACCGUGUUUUGGUGCCGGGGUUUAUUCAGCCAGGUGACGAGAUGAGGUUGGUGGAGAGGGUUAAUCCGGAGUGGUGUUUGAGUCGGGUGCAGCAUUAUAUGUAUGUUGAGCGGGAGAACAUGGAGAUUAUGAAGGAGUUGCUGGAGCUCGAGGGGUUGGGGGAGGAGACGAGGGGCAUUUUUCGACUUCGCGUCCAGAAAGGAAUAUACCAGAAUGAAAACGACCGCCUCAUUGGAAAGGAGAGGCAUUUACUGAAAUGGAGCAAGUACAAACUGGCGGGGAAGAAGAAAGAAACGGAGUCUAUUACAUCAUUUACUUUCACCGCUGCCGAAAAGGUCGAUAACCCGAUCAAAGUCAUGCCAGGGGCACAUGUUCGAGUCAAGUUGGGUCCAAAAAGCGGCAACUUGGUACGAGCUUACUCAGUGGUAGACGGUGACAGCAAGACCUUCACGCUCGGUAUCGCGCAUGAUGCCAAUUCAAGAGGAGGAUCGAAGUUCAUGCAUGAACAGUUGAACCUUGGCGAUGAGUUGGUGUUCAGCAGUAUGGUGAGUGACUUCCCGCUGCGAGAUAGUGGAGAGUGCGAUGAGCAUAUCUUCAUUGCUGGUGGAGUGGGAAUCACUGCCUUCCUCGCAAGCGCGCGGUUGCUGAAGGAACAGAGGCAGAAAUCCAAGCUGUACUAUGCCAUGAAACGUGAAGACGACGGCGCGUUCAAAAAUAUCAUCGACAUGUUGGGUGAAAACGUGGAGCUUUGCGUCUCUGAGAAAGGGACUCGGGUCGACAUCGCAAGGGUUCUUAGCCAGGCGACCGAUAAGACUCACAUCUACGUCUGUGGGCCCGAAAGAUUACUGAACGCAGUCCGCGAGACAGGGAAAUCGAUCGGCCUCCCGGAAACUAACAUCUCCUCAGAAGCAUUCGCCGUUUCGACGAGCGGGGAUCCUUUUGCCGUUGAAAUAGGGAGUGAAGGCAAGGAGCUACAAGUCAAGGGAGAGGAAUCGUUGCUUGAUGUACUGAGGAGUGCGGGCUUUGAUGUGGCAAGCAGCUGCGAGGUGGGGAAUUGCGGCACUUGUCGGAUUGGUGUGAGGAAAGGGAGGGUGGAGCAUCGAGGGACGGGGCUGUUGGAGGAUGAGAAGAAGGGGAUGAUGUUGAGUUGUGUGAGCCGAGGUGUGGGAACGUUAGUUCUGGAUUUGUAGGCACUGGAUCUGUAGGCACUGGAUCUGUAGGCACUGGAUCUGUUUGGACGAGAGGAUGGGGGACGCUUGAGGUGCUGGUAUGGCGAUAUCUCGGGGUGAGACGAUCGUACCCGUACGCUACCCUCCACCUCCUGCGACAAUCGUUCAUCUGUACAUUCAUCGAGAUGCUUCAUCCAACAU